AUGGCGCAAGGAACCCCUCCAAACUACUAUGCCAUCCUCGAGGUCAGCGAGACGGCCACCAUACAGCAAAUCCGCGAUGCCUACAAGCGAGCGGCCUUGAAGACACACCCGGACAGGCUCCCGGCCGAGUCACCAGAGCGUCCCGAACGCACUCGCAAAUUUCAACUUGUCAACGAUGCCUACUACACGCUCUCUGACCCGUCCAGGCGACGCGAUUAUGACGCUCAACGCCGUCUGUUCGGCGGUUUCAAAACCACAGAGCCAACAGACCCCUUCGCUGACCCUAACGACAACAACACAGAGAAUGCGCAACAGGCUCCACAGGACGGGUUCAGCUGGGCCUGGAACUUCUUCACGGGCCAGCGGGACGGCGGCGAGGAGCGACAGCAGGCCGAGGAGUCGCAGUUCGGUGACGUUUUUGAGGAGAUGCUGCGCGAGGAAGGAAUGGCACGACCCGACAACAGUCAGCCGACGGGCAAGUUUUGGGGAAUGCUCGGCGGAAUGAGCGGCGGGGCGCUUGGGUUUAUCGUCGCCAACGUGCCUGGUAUGGUGGCUGGAGCCGUCGCUGGCAACAGGCUCGGUGCGGUGAGGGACGCCAAGGGGAAGAGCGUGUAUGCUGUCUUUCAGGAUCUUCCACAAGGAGACAGGGCAAGGCUACUGAGCCAGCUGGCGGCCAAGGUGUUUAGCCACGCCGUGGGCGUCUGA